AUGUUUUACAUGCAUGAACCAUGAUUGCAAAAAUAUUACAAUGAUAGGCCUGAUAUUAUUCUAUUGACUUUUUAUUCAAUACUGUUAAAUCACAUUCAUUUUUCUUGUUGACAUAAUAGUCCUGAAGAGAAACCUUCAAUAUAAGUGAAAUAUGCUACUAUUUCAUAGCAUUUUAUGGUAAUUGAAUAUUGCAUACCAGAACAUACUUACUUGCUUAUUAAAAAAAGCAUAAUUUAGAUUAAUCAUAAAAUGAAACUAUAUUAUCAAAAUAUUAGAUCUGUGAACUUCAAUACUUUCAAUUGUGAAUAAACCCUGUAUUUAAGAAAAUUAUUAGAUAAUUACUGA